CUUCCCCAGGUCGUCCCGCCCCACCCCUUGGAGAAAGAAGGCCGAGUCUGCAACGAGGACUCCAGGUCGGGAACCGGUGUGGGCGGAAGGAGCGCUGCCACUCAGUCCGGCCUGCGAGCCCCUUCCUGCCAGCCACUGAACGGCCCACUCCGCCCCCUCGUGGCUUUGGCCAGGCCCGGCCCUCCUCCGUAGGAGGUGCUGCUCCCCGGCGAACCAGCCAGAGCGGCAGAGGCAGCAAGAGGGAAACACGAAGCAGCCUCUGCACCCCUUUCAGCCGAGGGAAGAAGAGAUAGGGCACACCAGGCCUUGGCGUUGGCAAUCAAGGCAGCCAUCUCUACAUCCUUUUUUGCUAGGACUUCACUACUCUCGCUACGCCAACUCCAGGCAAGUAUCUCACCAGAGGAGGAGAGAACCCACCAGAACUUAAGAAGGUGAAGAUUAAAGCAUGAGUACGGAGAUCAGCCAGGGAGUAAUCACAACCCCUCCACCCUCCACCAUGCCUCACAAAGAGAGAUAUUUUGACCGCAUCAAUGAAAAUGACCCUGACUACAUCCGUGAAAGAAAUAUGUCUCCUGACCUCAGGCAAGACUUCAACAUGAUGGAACAAAGAAAGAGAGUCACCCAGAUACUGCAGAGUCCUGCUUUUCGGGAGGAUCUGGAAUCUCUUAUUCAAGAACAGAUGAAGAAAGGAAAUAACCCAACCGGACUACUUGCCCUACAGCAGAUUGCAGACUACAUAAUGGCAAGUUCUUUUGCAGGAUUUUCUUCAUCACCUCUAAGCUGUGGACUGAUAACACCUAUUAAUGAUCUACCUGGGAUAGAUACCACUACAUUUGGUAAAGGAGAAAAACUUAUUCGUUGUAAAUUAGCCAGUUUGUACAGGCUUACAGACUUAUUUGGAUGGGCACACUUAGCCAAUUCAUAUAUCACAGUAAGAGUAAGCAAGGAACAAGAUCAUAUUCUUAUCAUUCCAGAAGGCCUUUCAUUUUCUGAAGCAUCUGCUUCUAAUUUGGUAAAAGUAAAUAUCAUAGGAGAUGUGGUUGAUCAAGGAAGUACCAAUCUGCGAAUUGACACUGCAGGAUUCAGUCCUCAUGCAGCCAUUUAUUCAAUGCGCCCGGAUGUCCGAUGUGUGAUCCAUAUACACACUCCAGCAACAGCAGCAGUUUCUUCCAUGAAGUGUGGGAUACUUCCCAUUUCUCAAGAGGCUCUGAUUUUAGGGGAUGUUGCAUACUAUGAUUAUCGUGGAUCUCUGGAUGACCAGGAAGAAAGAAUUGAUCUUCAGAAAGUUCUUGGACCAAGCUGUAAGGUGUUGGUCUUGAGAAAUCAUGGGGUAGUAGCACUGGGAGAGACAUUAGAAGAGGCCUUUCACUACAUCUACAAUGUGCAAUUAGCCUGUGAAAUACAGGUACAUGCCUUGGCUGCUGGUGGCAUAGACAAUCUUCUUAUCUUAGAUUUGCAGAAAUAUAAACCUCUCACACAUCAAGUAGCUGCAGCAGCCGGAUUAAGUAUGGCGUCUCAGUUCAAGUGGAAAGUAGGCGAGCUAGAGUUUGAAGCGCUGAUGAGAAUGUUAGAUAACCUGGGUUACAGAACAGGCUAUGCUUAUCGUCAGCCCUUAGUGAGGGAGAAACCCCGGCACAAGAGUGAUGUUGAAAUCCCAGCCACUGUGACAGCGUUUUCCUUCGAUGAUGAUUCAAUCCCAAUUUCCCCCCUGAAAUUCCUAGCACAAAAACAACAGCGGGAGAAGACAAGGUGGCUAAACUCACCAAAUACGUAUUUGAAAGUAGAUGUUCCUGAAGAAUCCCGAAAUGGAGAAACAAGCCCCAGGACCAAAACAACAUGGAUAAAAGCUGAAGACUCGGCCAAGAUUAGUGGAGGAACUCCAAUAAAAAUUGAAGAUCCAAAUCAGUUUGUUCCUCUGAAUACAAAUCCAAGUGAUGUGUUGGAAAAGAGGAACAGGAUCCGAGAACAAAAUCGAUAUGACUUAAAGACUGCAGGUCCACAAUCUCAGUUGCUUGCUGGAAUUGUAGUGGAUAAAAAGCCAGCUCCUAUGCAGUUUGAAGAAGAUGAGCAUACCCCACCAGCGCCUCCCAACCCAUUCAGUCAUCUCACCGAAAAGGAACUGGAAGAGUAUAAGCAGACAAUCGAACGCAAACAACAGGGCACUGAGGAUGCUGAUCAAGAAUUAUUCUCAGAUGAUGGGUCCUCUGUUUCCCAAAUUAACUCUCAAACUCAGUCCCCACAAAAUGUCCCUGACAAAUUAGAAGAAAAUAAUGACAAUUACCUACAGGAUUCUAACCUCACCUCUUUGGAACUGCCAGUUGUUGUCAUGAAUGGCAAAGAAGAUGCACAUGAUGUGGAAGAGGAUCUGGCCCAGAGAGUCAGCCAGUUAACCACUAGUACUAUAGAGAAUAUAGAGAUUACAAUUAAGACUUCUGAGAAGAUUGAAGAGACCCUUUCUCCUGAAGGCUCUCCUUCCAAAUCACCAUCAAAGAAGAAGAAGAAAUUCCGUACUCCAUCCUUCCUGAAAAAAAACAAAAAGAAGGAAAAGGUGGAGGCCUGAGGUUUCACUGACACUUUAGUCAUACAUCUAAUCAGUUGUUAAAAUGGUCAAGUAGGGUUAUGCAAGAAACUGGGCCUUAACCUAAGUACAGAACUGGAAACAAUUACAUAGAAACUGGGUUUUUAAUUAAUUAAAUGAAGAAUUCAUCUCUUAAUUAGUACAAAUAAAAUUAUGAGAAUUUUAAGUAUUGAGUAUUUCCACCACAAACUAACACUGGCAGUUGGUCCACUAUAAUACCACAGUAAUUUCAGAUAUCCUUAUCUAGCAAGUUACUCAUGAAGAUUUUUGUUGAUUAAAAUGUCUUCAGCAAUUUCACUAUUGAAUGAUCAGAUAGUGUUUGUUUUUAACCUACUGCCACAUUAUGUAUUUGGGUGAUGUUUUUUGAAUAAUCUUGAUUGUGGCAUUUAUUUUGUCCCUGCCUCAAAGGGUGGUAUCUCUCUAAUCACACCCUCACAAACCUUGGUCAUUUAAUUAUAUAGCGGCACAUAAUUUUAAAAGGCGAAACUGUAAAAGGAAUUGCAUUUGGAAUUUUACAGACUCUGUGAAGGUUGCAUUCAUCAAUAAUAACUUUUGCCAAAUAUUCAUUUUAGUAAGAUAGAAUUUUUGAAAUUUUUUUUUAUUCUAUCAGUUGGGGGCAGGGAGAAAGCCCUUAUUUUUCAAUAAAGGGGAUUUUAUACACUUAACAUUGAUAACUUCGUUUAACUAUGGCAAAACAGAAAAAGAAUUUUAUAUGUUGAAAUUUUUGUAUACCAUUCAAUAUAAAGUAUUAUAGGCAUGUAAACCAAGCAUUUAACAGUAGAAUGUAUUCAAGGAUGCUUGGUAUAGAAUAUACUUAAAUAUAAUUCACGAAUCCAGAAUUUCUGACAUCAGACAUAAAGAGCGUAAAAAUUUACUGGAUUCAAUUCUAAAUCUUACUAUAUUUUUUUCUCAUAAUAUUAUUGAAUGAAGAAAAAUAAUCUUGAUAACAUAUGAUCUUCCAGAAGAUCAGUUCGAAGUGUGUCCUAGUUUCAUUUAGCCUUUCUUAAUUAUUUCUGCAGAAAUUUCUGUUGAAAUCUCAAGGUAUGAGAUAGAUACAGGUGGUGAGGCUACAGAAUGACAAAACCCGGGGAUGAAAUUCUCACUAGGCAGCAAAAUGUCACUAUUAGUAUACUGUAGUACUUGUGACAGGCCUGUAGUCACUUUUUGGAUAGUCCUCUGAAAAGCAGUAAGCCCAGUAACUGGGAGGGGUUUAUGUUGCUGGAAUGAGGCUGUAUUGCCAUUUGAGUGCAACGAUAUGUAGUUCCCAUGAAAUGACUUGGAUGCAGCUGCAUUCAUGUUGCACUAUAAACUGAUCAUCUGGAAAAGACCAUAACCAAAUAAGAGAGACAAAACUGGAAAAGGGAAAGUGAGAUGGAAAGAAUAAGGGCAUGGAGAAAAAAUGAGGGGUAGUUGUGGAUUAUUUUUCAUAAAAUAUAUGUCAUGGAACUGGGGGUAUUUUUAUUAAAUUGAUGGAACAUCUGUUUUAUAUUUUAAAAUUACAAUAGAGGUUAAUAGGAUCAUUUUAAUCUACAUUUUGCCUUCUCAAUGAAUCUUAGAGCAAAUUAGUGCUGAUUUGUAAGUGCUGAUCCUGCCAUUUGUCCUUGCUGGUAGUUUUAUUUUGAGUUAAACAGAAAAAGAAAACAAAUCUGUAAAUACACACUAAACAUGAAAAUGAACUAUGACCUUUUUACAUCCAUAGGCACAAGAGAAAGUAUAUCUUAAAUGUUAAUGUUACUUCCAGAUUGCCAGUUGAAAUAUAUUACCAUAUAUAGAUGGUUAAAUAUGGCCAGGAUGUGAUUUGGCAUGCAAAAACUGAGUAUAGCAUGUUACAGGGCUGGUGAGCUUUGAUUGUGUAAGUGUGGCAAUGCAGUGCAGAAAUAAAUCUGGAAAUGAUAUUUUAAAUAUCUCAAAAUACUGGAAUUGGUGUGUUUUCUUAAAAAAAUAGUGGGACUAUCUUAAGUUACUUAAAUUUUUAUGUUCUACAUUUUUUGUGUUGUAUUACAACAUAUGUAGAAACAGUAACCUGUGAACUAUGCUUUUCAUAACUUUAAAAUCUAUAUCUAAAUGAAUGCAAUGUGCAUAAAUAUUUUUUAAAAAUGCAACCGUGAACUAUUUGCACCUUUUUUCGCUAAUGCCUCUAUUUCCUUGCUUUGGCAUAUGAAUGAGCCAGCCAACUGUGUCCUGUGGAAAAAGAUAUAUAAAUGUUGUUGGAAAUUGCUUAUAGAUGUAAUGCUAAUUAAUGUUAAAUCACAAAUAAACAGUAUUUUAAGUAUA